ACGUCAGGCAGUCUUCACUCAGACGCUCGUGCCGCUCAGCAUUCACUAAAACACCCCACUUGCUGUUCUCAUCUGUCGCGUGGCCUCGUUAACCACAUAAUUUUUAUGUAACAAUAUACAACAAGAAGAUUUGCGCAAAGGAGCGAAUAAUGAAGAAGCUGGAAGGACAUGGUGGGACACGCGCUCCGGAGAAAGAGCUUUAUUGAACUUCAGCCCGACGCGACAGUGCCAAGGCGUUAUACCGUCGUUGUAACGAACGCCAUAAAACACCAACAAUGUUUUUAACGCUUUUCAGUGUUUUUACUUAAACAUGGAGUUAUACACACGGACUUUGCUGCAGUUUUUCUUAACGACAUUACUGUGUCAAUGUUGCGCGCAGGUGUUUAAUCUCAGUCUCUCUGUAGAGGAAGGAUUACCUGCAAAGACUGUCGUCGGAGAUAUAAGAGAUGUACUACCCGUGAAAAUCACAGGUUCUGGGUUCUUUAUAUCUGAAAGCAAAGAUUCAGAUGUUUUCAGAGACUUCAAGAUCGAUGCAGACACAGGGAUCAUCUCCACCGCCGUCGUGUUGGACCGAGAGCGCGUAGAUAAGUAUGAGUUUGCGGCGGCCACAUUAACAGGAGAGGUUAUUAAAGUUAUCAUUGAGGUCAAGGAUGUAAAUGAUAAUUUCCCUGUGUUUCCCGUGAAAACAAUCCAGUUAAAUGUGUCUGAAUUAAGUCCUCCUGGAACCCGUUUUGAGCUAGAAGGAGCUGAAGACCAGGAUAAGGGUGCUUAUGGCAUCCAGGGCUACAGAAUUACAGAUGGAGACGCGAGGAAGACUUUUACAGUGGAAGUCCGCAACAGUGGAGAUGAUAUGUUAAAUGUAGACCUUAUUCUGCGAGAAAGAUUAGAUAGAGAAACGAUAGACACCUACAGUUUCACAAUUGAGACGUUUGAUGGGGGUAUACCACCAAAAACUGGCCAGCUACAGGUGUAUGUUACUGUACUGGAUGAAAAUGACAACCAGCCUGUGUUCAAUCAGACUGAGUAUCGUGCUGUCAUAUUGGAAAGUUCACCAUUAAUGACUUCUGUCUGUCAGGUGUUUGCAACAGAUCCAGAUUUUGGCAGCAAUGGGAAGGUCAUUUAUGACAUUAACCGUCGUCAAAGUGACCCAAAUGAGUUUUUCAUUGUUGAUAGCUCCUCGGGUAUAAUUAGAUUAAAUAAACAUUUGGACUAUGAGAAACAGUCGUUUUUUGAGCUCAUUGUGACAGCAUGGGAUUCUGGGAGUCAGCCCGAAUCCUCCAAUGCUUUUGUGGGUAUUAAAGUCCUGGAUGUCAAUGAUAACCACCCAAAUAUCAGCAUUCUGUUUUUAAAUGAGGCUGGAGCACCUGAAGUAUCAGAGGGAGCAUGGCGGGGGGAAUAUGUUGCCAGGAUUGCGGUCUCAGACCCUGAUUUAGGGGAGUUAAAGAAGAUUGAUGUGGUCCUCCAAGGUGGGGAUGCAAUGUUCACGCUCAAAUCCACUGAUGAUUUUCUUUAUGUACUCUGUGUGGAUGGAAACCUGGACCGAGAAGUAAAUGACAUGUAUGAACUCACUGUGAUUGCCUCAGAUUAUGGUUCGCCUCCCCUGAGGAGCAAAACAACAUUUCAAGUUCAGGUCACCGAUGUGAAUGACAAUCCACCUGUUUUUGAGCAAAACACCUAUGAGGAGAGCAUUCCUGAGGAUGUACAUGACGGAACAUUUCUCUUACAGGUGAAGGCCACAGACAGAGAUCAAGGAGAGAACUCGGAAAUCAUUUAUUCUUUUGUACAGUCAGAGAAAGAGCAUAUGUUUAACAUAGAUCCAACAUCAGGUGUCAUUAUUACUGCUGCAAGCUUAGACUAUGAGAAACAGAGGGAGCUGACGUUCUUAGUGGUGGCUACUGAUGGUGGUUCUCCAUCUCUCUCUGCCACAGCCAGUGUGACCAUCCAUGUAAAGGAUAUCAAUGACAACAAACCCAUAUUUCAGCAACCGUUCUACAACAUAACCAUCAAAGAGCAUACAGCUGUUGCGACAUGCAUCUUACAGGUCACUGCCACAGAUGCUGAUGAUGCAGAGUUUGGAAAAGUGCAGUACUCGCUCUGUGAUGGCUACAUUAGCGAGGAUUCCCACCCUUUCUUCAACAUCAACUCUGUUACAGGAGAAAUCUGUGUCUCUCAGGACAUUGACUACGAAGCUGGCUUUGUGACCUUUGACCUGUUAAUUAAAGCUGAAGAUCAAGAUGGUCUUAAUUCGCAGACAUUUGUUCACAUAGAUGUGGAGGAUGUGAAUGAUAAUGCUCCUGUUUUUAAUCCUGAGAGUUAUAUCACGAGCAUUAGCAGCCAUGCUCAGCCUGGCACUGAACUCCUCAGCGUGUUUGCUUCUGACCAGGAUUCUGGCAACAAUGGGGAAAUCACCUAUGAGCUACUACCUGGAGAUUCUGCCUCUUUAUUCAGCGUGGACCAGUCAACAGGAUCGGUCUACCUUAACUCUUCACUGUCUCAGCUGCAUAGUAGCAGUUUGAAAUUGUCAAUCUCAGCUCGGGAUGGAGGAGGGCUGUCUGCCAUUCAUCCUGCUAAUAUCACCAUAAGCGUCCUGUACAGCGAACAGCCCCCUGCUUUCUUCCAAAAGUCCCACUACAGCUUCUUCAUCUCUGAGGAUGCACCUGUAGGCUCCACUGUCGGUUUAGUUAAGGCUGUUACACCUGCCAAUUCAGUGGAGGUAGUCUCAUACAUCAUUUCAUCUGGUGAUCCACUGGGGCUUUUCUCAGUAGAUGCCCAGACGGGCGUCAUCACCACAAACAAGCCUCUUGACCAUGAGUCCCUCUCCUGUGUUCUCCUGAUCUUACAGUUCCACACAGGAACCUUUCCUAUCUACAGCAGUGCUCAGGUCAAUGUUUCCAUUACAGAUGUCAACGACAACUCUCCUGUAUUCCAGAAGACCUCAGGGCACAUCACAAUAUCACAUUACACCCCUCCAGGGACACCACUCUUCAUUGCACAUGCUGAAGAUAGAGACGGCGGCCUUAACGGCAAAAUUCGCUACACGUUACUUCCUGAGAGCCAAUUGUUUACCAUUCACCCACACCUUGGGACUCUCACCCUGAGCAAUGACCUCUCUAGAGAUUCUAGACAGAGGUACGAGCUCAGUGUUAUAGCCGAGGAUGGAGGUCAGCCUUCAUUGAACUCUACCCUAGAUCUUGUGAUAGAGAUGGACUCUUCAGGCUUUGCAGAAGACACGCUAGCCUUUGAAACUCUGGUUUACCAGGUGGAAAUCGGAGAAAAUGCUCAGAAAGACACCAGAGUAAUUCAGGUUCGUGCUUAUAGUUCCAGAGCCCAGAGCAGAGGAAACUUUGCCAUGACAUACUCUCUUAAACCCAUCACUGGGGUGCCACCAUUCAAGAUCCACCCAGAGAGCGGAUGGAUGUUUGUAUCGCAACGUCUUGACUACGAAACUGAACCCACUUACAGAUUCAGCAUCUGUGCAAGCAUGCAAGAUGGUUCAAUGGAAGCCACUGCCACAGCAACUGUGGUUGUUGUGGUAAAGGAUGAGAAUGACAAUGCACCUGUAUUCGAAAGGGAUGUGUAUUUCUUUAGCGUGCAGGAGGGACCAUCCCCUCAUGGGUUAAUAGGAACAGUAAAAGCCACAGACAGAGAUUCUCAUAACAAUGCAGUGUUAACCUACAUCUUGCUGUCUGAUGGAAAACACUUUAGCAUCAACCCCAGAACAGGAGAGAUCAUAAACCUGGUGGCUUUGGAUCGUGAGGAGCAGGCACAACAUGUGCUACGGGUGAUGGUGACUGACCAGGGUCGUCCUCGUCUCAACGCCACCAGUGUUGUUUUCAUUCUAGUCACAGACAUCAAUGACAACCCCCCACAAUUCAUGCACCUGCCUGCAACCAAACAGUUAAACGUACAGGUGUGGACAGGAAUUCCAGAGGGUUCAGUUGUAAUCAGUAUGUUUGCUAAAGACCUGGAUGCUGGAGAAAAUGGAACUGUCAAGUUCUUCAUUAAAGAUAAUCACAUGGGGCACUUUAAUAUUGACAGCCGUAGUGGGGAUGUCAAGGUGACAGAGCGAUUCUCCUUAAACCCUCAGAUGCACUACACCCUGAAGGUGGUUGCCACAGACAGUGGCUCUGUACCUCUGGAAGAGACAGCAGCUGUACACAUACAGGUUUAUGCAUUUGACAAACAAAAUGGACCCUCUGAUUUCCAAGGCUUUAGACACUUCACUGUGCGAGAAGAUGUGAGGCUUGGAAGUGUCAUUGGAUCACUUGAGAUUACUAAAGCACCCGAUACACAGUUGCGAUAUUCUGUUGUGGAGGGUGAUGGCACUUUGCAGUUUGGUAUCAAUAGUGGCAAGCUCUAUGUGGCACAGCAUCUGGACUAUGAAGUCACACAACGUUACUUUUUGGUUGUACAUGCAGAAGCCCCUCCCACGUUCAAUGCCACUGUAUUUGUGGUGAUCAGUGUUAUUGAUGUCAAUGACUACGCUCCCUGGUUCCCCUAUAAUGACAACAUUGUCGUGUUUGGUGUCCAUGAAGAUGUUACUAAUGGAACGCAGGUGUACGUCUUUAACGCACGCGAUGCAGACGGAAGUCUGCAAAACAGUGAGCUUUAUUACACUUUGACCUUUGACUCUGAACUUGCCAAAGAUGAACUGCCUUUCCACAUCAACCCUCAAACUGGAGUUGUCACGACAAAUGCACAGUUGGAUCGUGAGCACAGUGAGAGCUUUGUAUUUAAAGUGACUGCCAGAGACCUUGUGGAUGACCCUAAGGAUCAGAAAUACUCCUCUGUCAUAGCUCAGGUGAUUCUGUUGGAUGUCAAUGACAACAUCCCGACGUUUGUUUCCAUGGAUACAGCUUCUGUCUCAGAGGACACAGAGGUGGGACAUUUGGUUCAUCACGUAAUAGCCAGAGAUGAAGAUGAAGGAAUUAAUGGACACAUCACAUACAGUAUUAUAUCAGGCAAUGAGAAGGGCUGCUUUAACAUGGAAAAAACAGGACAUCUGUAUCUUAACUCUUCUCUGGAUUAUGAAUCCCAGCAUGUCCACAUCCUCACAAUCCAGGCCACAGACCAUGGCAUUCCCUCUCUGUCUUCCACGCAGACACUCACAGUGGAGGUUUUGGAUGUGAAUGACCACCCUCCUAUGUUCCAGCAGCAUGUUUACAGUGUCACAGUUAUGGAGAACAGAGAACGAGGAGAGAUUAUUGUUACAGUCACAGCAGGUGACAUGGACUCAGAGGAAAACGCUGCCGUGAGCUACAGCUUGCUGCCCAGUUCAGGAUAUGAGCUCUUCAUGAUAAACUCUCACACUGGUCAGAUCAGCACCUCCACACGCCUUGACCGAGAGAUCUACUCUAGUUUUACUCUCAGAGUUCAGGCAGAGGACAGUGGAACCCCCUCUCUCUCCAGCACUGCCACGGUCAUCUGCUCUGUUCUCGAUGAUAAUGACAACGCUCCAGAAUUUUCCCAACCCGACUUCCAUAUAAUAAUCCCAGAGAAUUUGCCUCCAGGAGUAAUUCACACUGUCCAGGCCUCAGAUGUUGAUAAUGGAUCAAAUGGAACAAUUCAGUACUUAAUGGAAGAUGCAGAAAAGUGUUUCAGUAUUGACAGUGUGACUGGGAAAAUCAGCACGGCUAGAGUCUUGGACAGAGAGGAACGUACCAACUACACCCUCCUCAUCACUGCAGCUGACCAUGGGGAUCCCCCUCUGAGCUCCACUACACUACUACACAUCACCCUCUCAGAUGAAAAUGACAACAUCCCCACGUUCACUCGGAAAACAUACCGUGCCACCAUUAGAGAGGAUCUUCCUGCCAGUUCUGAGGUCAUACGACUCAUAGCACGUGAUCCUGAUGAGGGGUCCAAUGGUGUCGUCACCUACUCCUUAUUGGAGGAGAAUUCUGGAAACUUUUACGUUGAGGGCUCCACAGGCGUAAUACGACUGACGAAGCCACUGGACCGCGAAACUCGCUCACAGCACGUUUUUCGUGCUGUAGCUACUGACGGCUGCAGACAGGGCCCACGCAGCUCAGUGGCUAUAAUUACAAUACAAGUAGAAGACAUUAAUGACAAUCCACCAUCAUGUAUCGAGGAACCCAUGCGGGUGUCAGUCUCUUCCAUACCCACAUAUCUCCAUCGGCCCAUCAUCACAGUUACAGCCCGUGAUCCAGACCAGGGAGAUAAUGGCACAGUGGUUUUUAGACUACCAGACGAAUAUGAGCUGUUUCAGGUGGACAGGCUUUCUGGAGAUGUGAAGUUUAAAGCUCCCUUAAAGACUGGGGUUUCAGGGACACAUUUGGUCCGUGUGGAGGCUGCAGAUAUGGGUACACCUUCCCUCACCUCCACCUGCCUGCUGCUCAUUCAGUUGAACGGAGAUGAGCCACUGUUGCAGUUUACAGAGGAGCUCUAUGAAGUCACCAUGCUGGAGAACAGCAAGACAGGUUCUUGGGUGGCAAAUGUUGUAGCUCAUGACCAUACAGCAGAUGAAGCUACAAUCAAGUACAGUAUUUUCAGUGGCAAUGAGAAUGAGGCCUUCACAAUUAAUACAAGUACAGGAGAUAUCAUAGUUGGGGAAGAAAAGCUUCUAGACUUCGAAGUAGAACACAAAAUUCAUCUCGUGGUUCUGGCUGAAAAUGGACAACAGACGGCUUACGCCAGAGUGACCAUCACUAUGCAGGAUGUCAAUGACAACGCACCAGUGUUCAAGCAAAGCUACUACAGAACAGCUGUAUGGGAGGGACAAAUUCACAACACUUAUGUUAUGCAGGUGUUAGCCACAGAUUCUGACAGUGGUGCAAAUGGACAGAUCAGUUACUUCAUUGUGGAUGGGAACCACAAUAAUGCAUUUGUGAUCGACUCUGUUCGUGGGAUUCUAGCCACCAAUACUGUCCUUGACAGAGAGAUUGUCUCUUCAUACAAGUUAAUAAUACAGGCCAAAGACAUGGGAAGCCCCCCUCUCACAGGCACCUCCACUGUCCGUGUCCAGGUCGUAGAUGUCAAUGACAAUAGCCCUACAAUACCAUCCAUGGAUCAAGUGACCAUCUUAGAAAAUCUUCCUGUUGGCCAUAUUGUCACUCAAGUAAUUGCAAAUGAUGUUGACCUCAGUCCUGCAGCAACGUUCAGAUUUAUAGGGAAGGACGAGACAAGCUUUGCAAUUGACCGCUAUUCAGGGAUAAUUACCACAACUAAAAGACUGGAUUAUGAGACUCAAACUGUCUAUACACUGAAAGUGGAAGCAUCAGACUCUGUCCAUCAAACAGUGGCUGAACUCUCCAUACAGGUGAUGGAUAUCAAUGAUAACCCUCCUGUUUUCUCUCAAGAGUCUUACCAGGUUAUAUUGCCAGAGUGGACACCGGUAGAUUCAUAUGUUAUGACUGUAUCAGCAAAUGAUCGAGACUCUGGACAAAAUGGCAAAAUUUCUUAUAGGCUUCUUUCCUCCCCAAUGACAGGAUUCUACAUUGAUGCUGAGAAUGGUUCAGUGUUUACCAACAGGCCUCUGAAGCAUAUUCCAAAUGGAAACAUCCUGCGGCUCCUGGUGGAAGCACGAGACAGUGGUGACCCAAAACUCUUUAGCGUCACAUCUGUGGACAUAGAGGUGGCGGACUCCAAUGAUCAUGCCCCUUACUUUACACUGAACUCAUACCAGGUAAAUGUUCCCGAGGAUGCGUCUGUUGGAAGCACUCUCCUCACUCUGUCAGCAGAAGACAAAGACUAUUCAUCUGAAAACACUUACUUGGAGUACACAAUUGUAGGUGGAAAUGACGAAAGGCGCUUCUGUCUAGAUGUUGUUAGCAUUCAGACCGUAGAAGCCCACAGACAAACUAUUGGCCAAGUUGUGCUCUGUGAUAGUCUGGAUCGAGAGACAACUGACAUUUACACAUUAACUGUGAUAGUAAUGGACAGGGGAACACCUCCGCUUAACAGCACAACUGUGGUGACAGUCAAAGUACUUGAUAUUAAUGACCAUGCACCUGUUUUUAGUAGUACAGAGUACCAUGCACGGAUCCGUGAAAACAGCCCUAUAGGUGCUAUUCUUAUCCAGGUCUCUGCUCAUGAUCUUGACCUGGGCAAUAAUGGGACAGUAAAAUACAACAUUAUGUCAGGUAACAGCAAAGGACUAAUCAGACUGGAUCCUACAACAGGUAUCCUUGAUGUUUUGGGUACCCUCGACUAUGAAGAGGAUACUAAAUUGACCCUAAUAAUCCAAGCCUCGGACUGCGCUGCUUCAAGUGACAAAAAGGUAUCUUUCGCAGUUGUUUACAUAUCAGUACUGGACGAGAAUGACAAUUCCCCAUUCUUCGUGUUCCCUAUCAUCAACUGCUCAGUAGCUGAAAACCUUCCAGCUUUUACCCCUGUAUGCACCGUGCAUGCUGUUGAUGAAGAUGCAGGAAACUUUGGACAACUGACCUAUUCAAUUGAAACCCCCUGUUUCAUGGACUAUGACAGUACCAAUCCAGACAGAAAAGAAGCCUUUGGUAUUAAUCCAUUUACUGGAGAAAUUCACACAAAACAGACAUUUGACUUUGAAAGAGCGAGUGAAUACUGCUUUGUGGUAGAGGCACGUGACAAAGGAGAUCAGGUGGCAACCUUGAGAGUACAGAUCAACAUCGAGGGCAUUGAUGAGUUCAGCCCUGUAUUUACUCAGAAUGUGUACCAUUUCUCUCUGCCACAUAAUGCCAAGGUUGGCCAAAGUAUAGGUCAUGUGAUGGCUAUGGAUCAUGAUGGUGGUCUGGAUGGCUUAGUGGAAUACUCUUUAGUCAACCCAUCCCCAUUUUUCAAUGUCAGCAAAACAACUGGCAGUAUAUUUAUUUCAAACCCAGUGUAUCAGAGAGGAAGCUCCAUGUCGAAGGAGACAAUUGAGAACUUAAUGGUUCUGGCAAGCGGCCCCAAACUGGACUCCAGGUCAUCAAGUUGUCAUGUAAUUGUGAACAUAUCCAGUUCGGAAAAAGCAAGUGUUUCUCUUAGUGUCCAAGCCACCAGUGUCAGUGUGUCAUUACUAGUGUUCUUCCUAUUUUUGAUAAGCAUCAUUGCACUUGUUAUAAGGUACAAGUCCAAAGAGAAAUCCUCCAAGAAGACAGCCUCCAUAUCUGCUAACCUCAACCAAGAGACUGACACUUUUGGUAGGAUAGGUGGCAAUCUUCAUAGCAUCAAUGGUAUAAACCUUCAAGAUUUACAAACACCAUUAAAUGCGUGGACAAAAUUUGAUAUUGCAAACCAAUUAAGGAACUCAGACUCGAGUGGAAGAGGAUCUGCUGAGGAUGAGACUGCUGAGGAUCAGGAGAUCAAAUCAAUCAACAAAUUUCCAUAUUACAAGCCGUUUAGGUCUAUCCCAACACAAGUCUCAAACUCAGAGACCAGUGGGGACUCAAACUUGGACCAGUCUUCAAAUAAAGAGCUGCCUUCUGGUGCCAAUAUAGGAAUAGUCCAAAUAGUGGACAUGGCCAGCUCUGAGAGUCUCCACAAUUUUAGGGAAGAAGGAGGAGGUGAGGGAAUGCUUCCUCAGGUGGUCAACAUGAGAGAAGUGCAGGAGGUCAUGAAAAGAUGCAUGUCCAUGCCUGGUGAACGGGGUUCGAUCGAAGGCUCACUCACCAAUCUGAUUUCCUCUGAGGAACAGCUACAUGGCGGGGACUACUUUCUUAGCUGGCAACCGCGCUUUCAAUCUUUGGCCUCUGUUUUUACAGACAUUGGCAUGCUUCCAGAUGAAGAGAUGAGGGAUGGGGAUGUGGACCCAGAGUCUCGUAGCCUUCUGUACCCACCGCCUCUCAUCACAGCAGUUGCCCAGCCAGGAAUACGUGCUGUUUUUCCUAGGAUGCCAAGUAGAAAACCAACCCUACUACAUACUGGAAACACAGAAUUAACCCCUUCAGCAAUUACCCCCAGUUUCUCACCAUCUCUGUCGCUACUUACUGUCAGAACACCCAGUACUUCUCCAGUGGUCUCAGAAACAGGUUUAGGAUGCUACACAAAAAUAUCAACACUGCCAAAAGAUGUCAUAGAGGAUGUAGAGGUUCAAUUGUAAAUAUUCAUUUUUUUAAUCUACUGUGUGUUUUAUUUUAAAAGCACUGUUUAUAAAUUAAAUAUUGCUAAUCACAGCUCAAGAUGAAAUCACAAACAUUUGCAUUAUUUUAGCAUUUGCUUCUUGAUAAUGUAAUUGUUUUAUGUACUACCAUGGGCGAGGUUUAACAUUUGUGCUUGGGGGGCACCUACCUGCAGACCAGGUAAUUCCAGUGCUUUAAAAUUAGCGAGAGGGGCUUCCUGGUAUUCAAAUAUGGUUGAAGUGAUUUAGAAAUAUUUUAACCUUGCUUUACUUUAGUCUACCCACUAAAAUAAAAAGAUGGGACAUAGAUUUUUUUUAUUUUAUUUAUAGCUCAGACAAAAUCAUAACUGGCUCUGGUCUGAGGAAGUGAACCCCAGCACCCCCAAAAGUUUACUACAGAUUUUUUUUAUAUUUUUUGUCAAAUUUUUGUUUUUGGCAACUUGAACAUAGGAGCUUGUGCCAGGUUCUCUUUGUGUGCACUGAAUAUAUUUAACAAGAGAAGCACUUUAUUAUACCUUAUGGAGUUCCUAUACGAUUUGAUAUUUUUCAUAAAUAAAAUUCAUUUUGAUCAAAGACAUUAAUUUUAUCAAAGAGUCUCCAUAUAUUUUUGAAAAUAUAUUUUGUAUAAUUUGUCAUUAUGCAGAACAGAUACGUGAAUAAAGAAGCUUGCUGUUCUUAACUAAA